UUUUCUUUCUCGCUUUUGGUUUACUAACCGACACGAUAAAUUCCGAAAAAUAAAGAUUAAACCGGAGAAUUCAAUUUAGACGAAGAUAAAACUUACCGGUAUAGAGAGAAAUCAAUCAUUCAGAGAGAAAUCAGCAACUCUGGAGAGAGCGUGUUCGUCAUUCAAAUCCGAACCUUGGAGAUUCAAUAUUUCACCGUAGAUCUCGUCCUACUCGUCCCGUAGAUUCGUUUCCGAUUGGUCCAGUGUCAAAAAAAAUGAGCUCAACUGUUUCAAAUCCCCAAGGAAUCCUGCAACAAGGUGGUUACAGUGGUCAUGACUCCCGCAGUAACAUCACCUCUGGUUCAGAAUCAGAAUCUAUUAACAACGACGAAGCAGAGUUGGUUUCUGUGUGUUGGAAUCAGGAUUCAAGUUGCUUCGCAGCUGGAACGAGUCAUGGCUUUCGUAUAUAUAACUGUCAACCUUUCAAGGAAACUUUCAGGCGUGAGCUAAAGAACGGUGGUUUCAAAAUUGUAGAGAUGCUUUUCCGAAGCAAUAUAUUGGCACUUGUUGGUGGUGGAGCUAACUCUCAGUACCCUUCAAACAAAGUACUAAUUUGGGAUGAUCAUCAGAGCCGUUGCAUUAGUGAAUUUGCAUUUAGGUCUGAGAUUCGUGCUGUGAAAUUACGAAGAGAUCGGAUUGUUGUUGUUCUUGAACAUAAGAUUUAUGUUUACAAUUUUAUGGACCUUAGACUUCUUCAUCAGAUUGAAACCCAAGCUAAUCCUAGAGGAUUAUGUUGCCUUUCUCAUCAUUCUAAUACGUCUGUGCUCGCUUGCCCCGGUCUUCAUCGAGGAGAGAUUCGAGUUGAACAUUUCGGGCUUAACAUGGUACAAAUCAUAAAUGCUCAUGAUUCUAGUAUUGCGUGUAUGACUUUGACAUUGGAUGGUUUGUUGCUCGCAACUGCUAGUACAAAGGGAACUCUGAUUAGAAUCUUCAACACUAUGGACGGAACUCGUUUGCAAGAGGUACGAAGAGGAGUGGACAGAGCAGAUAUUUAUAGCAUUGCACUUUCACCAAACGUGCAGUGGCUGGCUGUAUCAAGCGACAAGGGGACUGUUCACAUUUUCUCUCUUAGAGUUAGGGUAGUUGGGGAGGAUUCUUAUUCCACUGAAAAUGCAGCUCUCCUGACACAACAAACUUAUUCUACUUCUCUGCAAGGCCUUGUUUCUCCAACCACUGGUACCAAUCCCGGUUCGUCAUUGUCGUUUAUGAGAGGUGUUCUACCAAAGUAUUUCAGCUCGGAAUGGUCAUAUGCACAGUUUCAUGUAUCAGAAGUCACACAAUUCUUCGCAGCAUUUGGCAGUAACAACACGGUUGCUAUUAUCGGCAUGGAUGGAAGUUUUUACAGAUGCAGCUUUGAUCCCGUGAACGGAGGAGAGAUGGGGCAACUGGAAUAUUUCCACUUUCUGAAGACGGACAACCGCCGGAGAUAAGUCAGACUCAUGCUUCACUCACUCCUCUAAGCUCUCUGUACAUAACCAUGUCUAUGUAAAUAGAUUUGGUAAGACUGCAUAAGAUUUAAUUUUUGCAUAUUGCUACGUCGAGUGAAAGGACCUGCAUUACUGAUUGGGACUAUGUAAAUAGCUACAUAGCAAGAUUCACCCGCAACAGUUUGCUUCUAAACACUGUAUUAUGUAAAUUGUUUUUUUUUUUUUUUUUGUAUUAUGUAAAUUUCCUAAUAACACCAUAGAAAAAAAGUAAUAACACAAUUGAAUAAAGAGUUCAAUCGAAUUCCCAGGAAACCUGAGGCCUCCAUUUUAUAUGUUUCUUGAAUCUGGGAUCUCUUAUCAUAUCAAAUACGAAUAAUCUACAAUGUUUCAGAGAAUCUCACAAUGCAGCCAUACUGAAUCGAGCUGUUGCUGCAUCAAAAUGGAGGACCAAUGGAAAUAGAGACACUUGGAUGAGGUAAGCUUGAAGGUAAGUCGAUUCCUGACAUGUACUUCCUAAAAGGUUCUUUGCGAAAGUGGAUUCUAUUUGUGCAGCUUUUCUUUGGAAAAACAAAGUGACCUCUGUGGUUGGUGCAAGAGUUGCUUGGAUUGAUGUUUGUAAACCCAAAGAGGAAGGGGGUCUUGGCUUACGGCUGCUGGAGGACUUCGCCAUCGUCUUUCAGCUAAAGAUAAUUUAGAAUCUGUUUGCAAAAUGCCGGCUCCUUAUGGGUCGCCUGGAUAAAAGGAAAUGUUUUCUUAAGGAAGACCUACUGGACGCUAGCUGACUCCCCAAGACUGUCAUGGACCAUUAAGAGCAUGCUUCGCCUCAAGCCUUACAUUGUGGAAUUUAUGCGCUGCGAAGUGAGAGAUGGGCUAAAUGCCUCUUUUUGGUCAGAUCAUUGGUGUGAACUUCGGCCCCUGAUUGGAUUUAUAGGCGAGAAUGGACCAAGACAGAUUCGGGUGAGAAAGGAAGCUUGCGUUGCAGAGGCAGUAAGAAAUGGGGAAUGGCGGAUGCCAGGUGCGAGAUCAGAGGCUCAACAACAGCUAAUGAUCACGCUCACAACCAUCUCUCUCCCCAAACGAUUAAUGGGCAUGAUAUUUACCUCUAGCGGCGAAUGUCAGGAUCUUUUGCACAUCUUUUCUCUUCUAAGGAAACUUGGGAGCAAUUGCGUUCACACUCUCCUUUGGUGCCUUGGAGCCAGGUAGUUUGGUUCAAGGAAGCAGUACCAAGAUUCUCAUUUACCACUUGGCUUGCUAUGAAAGGAAUAUUACCUACGAAAGACAGACUCCGAAGUUGGGGACUCAAUGUCUCCGCCACUUGUGUACUCUGCCCUAACGGAUUAGAAACUUUUCAUCUGAUAUUUCUAGGCCUAUCUCUUUUAUUUUUGUUAUCAAAGAAAUCUUUUCUUUCAGAAUAAACUUUACUCUGAUAAAUAUAAGAGGUACAAAUUCUUCCCA